AUGGAGCGUUGUAGUUCUAAUUCCAGAAAAUUGAUCAAGACCCUCUUUCCAAUUCUUGUUCUAUUCACAAUCUCCCACACACAAGCCAACUCCAAUUCAAACUACACCAACUUCAUUGAAUCCAAAUGCACCUUAAUCUCAACAUUCCCUCCCAUUUGCAUAAAAACACUUGUCCCUUAUGCAUCUUCUAUCCAAACUAACACCAUAAAACUGUGUGACACUGCCCUUGACAUAGCCAUAGACAGCGCGAAAAACGCUUCCGAUAUGGUAUCUGAGCUAGGGAAAAAGAAAGGAAUUACAAAAUAUGAAGCUGCUGCCAUUAAAGACUGCAUUACUGAUUUGAAAGAUGCAGUAUAUGAGUUGAAGGAAACACUUGGUGCAAUGAAUCAUCUUAAUGAUCCAGAUAAGGAAUUUCAAUGGGAUAAUGCUAAGACCUAUGCUAGUGCUGUUAUAAGUGAUGCUAAUUCUUGUUUAGAUGGUUUAUCUGAUAGGAAAGUGAAUCCUGUUGUGAAGACUAAGAUUAGUGGUACCAUAUCUUAUGUUACUAAACUUGCUAGCAAUGCUUUGGCUUUUAUAAAUCACCUUUACUGA